CGUGACAGGCCAGACUGGUCCCGUCCCGGGCGCGAGGGGAGAGAGAGCGACUGCCUCGCUCAGAGGGGCCCAGCCGUUUCGUAAUCGCCGCUCGCCAGCACUCCGAUGUCAACAACGUGUCGCACGGCCAAGAGACGCCAUCGCCGCGGGCGACAGAGAGACUGAAAUAACAGCACAGGCAGCUGUAGGCUGUGAAGACAGCCGCCCCCGACAACAUGGAAAACCUCCUGAAGGAUAAGGAUAUAUGGAUCGUGGGGAGUGUGUGUUUGGUGGCCUCCUUCCUCUGGAGAAGGAUCUGGAAGAUUUUCUCCUAUAAGAGGAGAAGGGACACAGCGUCCUCAGACAUCCAGGUGAAAGACUUCAGAGGAAAGGAUGGGAAGGACAAGUCCAACCUUAACGCGAAGGGCCUUAAGACCCAGAAGAAGAGGAGUCCCCCAGACUCAACAGACUCCGCCCCCCUCAGGGAGACCUUGCUACAGGAUCAGGUGGAGAAACUGAACAGGGAGAACACAGAGCGUUCCCAUGGCGACCCGGAGGCUGAAGAGGUUGGUGUGGACGGAGGAGGUGGAGGAAGGGCGGAGUUACAGGAGUUGAUCCUGGGUGAACAGUGCGUCCCAGUGGUCCCGUCUUUAGUGGGGGAAGAAGAGAAGGAGGAGCAGGAGGAGGUUUUCAGGGACUCUGAGUCAGAGUUGGAGGAGGAGAAAGAGGAGGGAGAGCUAAAGGUGAAGAAGCCUCCGGGAGAGGUGGAGGAGGUGGAGGAGAAGAAGAGGAGAGGAGGAGAGGGCGAGGAGGGAGCGGUGACAUCAGAACAGCAGGUGCUUGAGCCUGCUGUCGACAUUCCCACACAGAAUUCUGAGAGCAUCCUACCAUCACUGGAGAGCUCUGAGGUGGCGGCCAGCAGUAAACGACGAGUCACAGAGGAGGAGGUCAAGGAUGACCUGAAGAAGAGUCGGGUGGAAGAGGAGGAGAAGGAGGUGGAGGAGAAGGGAGUGGAGGAGGAGGAGCGAGGACGAGUACCUGAGGGGGAAGAGCCGGACACUGCCCAAUCACACUCCCUGGAGUCAGAGGAGGUGAAGGAGGACGGAGAGUCCAGCGUGAAAGAGUACAUGAUAGACUCCAGCCCUCCACCUUCUGCCCCUUUCGAACACCGCAUUGUGAUCCCCAAACCUCACCAGAUAGCCACCUUCUACAGCAUCAACAGAGAGGAGGUCUUAGGAGGGGGACGUUUUGGACAGGUUCACAAGUGUGUGGAGAACUCGUCAGGUCUAACGCUGGCCGCCAAGAUAAUCAAAGGCAGAAGCCUGAAGGAGAAGGAGGUGGUUAAGAACGAGAUCCAGGUGAUGAACCAGCUGAACCAUGCCAACCUGAUCCAGCUGUACGCUGCUUUCGAGUCUCGCCACGACAUCAUCCUGGUCAUGGAAUACGUGGAUGGCGGGGAGCUGUUCGACCGCAUCAUCGACGAGAACUACAACCUGACGGAGCUGGACACUGUGUUGUUCAUCCGUCAGAUCAGCGAGGGCCUCCAGUACAUGCACAAGAUGUACAUCCUCCAUCUUGACCUUAAGCCGGAGAACAUUCUGUGUGUCAGCAGAGUCACAAACAAGAUCAAGAUCAUCGACUUUGGUCUGGCCAGGAGGUACAAGCCCAGGGAGAAGCUGAGGGUGAACUUUGGGACACCUGAGUUCCUGGCUCCAGAGGUCAUCAACUACGAGUUUGUUUCAUUCCCAACUGAUAUGUGGAGCCUAGGGGUCAUCACUUACAUGCUCCUUAGCGGCUUGUCCCCGUUCCUGGGUGACGAUGAUAAUGAAACCCUGAACAACAUCCUGGCGUGCCAGUGGAACUUCGAGGAAGAAGAGUUUACAGAGAUCUCAGAGGAGGCCAAAGACUUUAUCACUCGCCUGCUCAUCAAGAGCAAAAGCUGGAGGAUGAGUGCAGCAGAGUCGCUCCGACACCCAUGGCUGUCAGACCACAGUCUCCACUACCGCCUGCAUCAAAAGAAAAACAAGUGCCACUCUACACACGCCCCUCCUCCAGAGAGCUAGAAUGAUCCCCGAGACCCGACAGGUUCUUCGUGAUAACACAGGGCUGCGGAGCCCGAAAGUGGACCAACUCUGCCGUUGUUGCACGGCUACCGGAUGACUACUCUCUGCCUCGCAUCCUCGCAAUAGUUUAGCACCGCGGCUCGCUAGCUCCAGCGCCGGCUUCAUCGCCAUGAAGGUCACCUCUGAACUUUCGUCACCUGGGGUUGUGAGCGAUAGUGUACUUCGUGAUAGUGAGUACGAAGGUGGUCAGAUUUUACUGACAUGCUGAACACUGUCUCACAACAAUAAAAUAGGCAAAUAGCAAAAAUAGGAUCGGCGUUACUGGCAACUAAAGCGAAUCUCGAUAAAUAAUCUCACGUCACACAAAACUGCACAGGUAUUCAGAACUCCUGUUUGUGGUAAACUAGGCUACUACUUUGACAUUUUUGGAUAAGUUUCAUAAAUGAACAUGAAUGAAGCUGCAUGCUAUGCACUUUAUAAUAGAUCACUAAUCAAGCAUAGGCUACUGUAGGUCUAAAGCUGCUUUUUAAACAAGCAUAGUUACUGCGAAUAGAUGUUCAGAUGGAAUUGCUUUGCGGAUCGUAGAUUGAUUUAGGCUGCAUUUGUGACAGCACGUCUUAUACUCUUUACAGUUGUCUGGUAUAAGCGCAGCUUGUCUAUAGUUUAAUAGUUUGAACUGCUGUUUUAUUUUACAUAUCACACAAUGCUACAUUUCCCCAUUUCCAUCAUAAAUAUACUCCUACAAUAGUACAUUAUCGUUUAACAGGCUAGAAACUAGGUCAAACACAGAGCCAUAGCUUACGCUCCACUGUACGUUUUUAGAUGCAGUAAAUGAUAGGCCUACGCCACGGCUCCUCAGUUUUGCCUUGUAAUAAAAAUAAACAGUACAGUUGAAUGUCACCCUCUUGCGCCUGCCCAGUGCCUACUGCUAACCGGGUGAGCCGCGGUUAACGUUACUGUUAAAAGCUUGUGUAGCCCAUGCAUGCUGUUCGCUUGCUCUUGCAAUGGAGUAGACCUCUCACCUUCCAUGAAGGCGUAAUGACAUACAAAACACUACCUAUGAUUCAAUGUUUAUCACCUGUGUUAGUUCUUAUGUUCAGGGAUGAUCCUAGUUCAUUGCCGGAUUUUACUUGAAAUGCAAGGCUUUACAAACUGUAAGAAAAGGGUAUUUUCUCAGAAAACGGCUUUUUUUUUGUGACACCAUCGCAUAGCUGGUUACAUUAUGUACUGUCAGUUGGUUACCUGUGGACACUUAUUGAUUGUCACUGUACCCUUUGACAAUGGAAAAGCU